CAAUCCCCCAUUUCGUCGUCCGGCGAUUGUAACAAUUUCGAAGCUACGUCAAUACCACGUAGGCUUUAAUCUACACACCACCCACCACACACAACACCACCACCACAAUGGCUCCUUCAACGCAAUUCGAAGUGUCACAGCCGCCCAGUGACGCUAUCUCGGCCGUGAUCUUCGCCCCCGAUAACACCAACCGCCUGCUUGUUUCUUCAUGGGAUAGGAACGUCUAUCUUUACGAAAUCGCCGAAGGAACCGAGGAUGCUACCCUAAUCAACAAGUUCGAGCACCGUGCUCCCGUCCUUGAUGUCUGCUUUGGCGCGAAUGGAAAUGAGGCCUACACGGCGAGUCUGGACUGCUCAGUCAAGAGAAUCGACCUAUCCACAGGAGAGCAGACCGUGCUAAGCACGCACGAAAAGCCCGUCCGCUGCGUCGUCUACAGCCCUCAGCACUCCAUGCUCAUUUCCGCCUCGUGGGAUCACACUCUCCACGUCCAUAACACCUCCGCGCCGGCCUCGACCCCGAUCACCAUCUCGCUUCCAGGCAAGCCGCACGCCCUCGCCGCCAGCCCUUCUAAAGUCGUCGUCGCCAUGACCGCACGCCUAGUACACAUCUACGACCUACCCACGCUCGCCACGGCGCUCUCGUCAGCCGAUUCUGCCUCGGCAAACAUCACCCCCUGGCAACAGCGCGAGUCUUCGCUCAAGUUCCUCACGCGCGCCGUGGCCUGCAUGCCCAACGACGCUGGCUACGCCACCAGCUCGAUUGAGGGCCGCGUCGCGGUCGAGUGGUUCGAGGACACGGCCGAGUCGCAGGCGCGCAAAUACGCCUUCAAGUGCCACCGGCAGACGGCGCCCGAGGAGGAGGGCGGCGGCGACGUGGUCUAUCCCGUCAACGCGCUGACGUUCCACCCCGUGUACGGCACGUUUGCUUCUGGCGGCGGCGACGGCACCGUGGCGUUGUGGGACGCCGAGGCCAAGCGCAGGAUGAGACAGUAUCAAAAGUUCCCUGACAGCGUCGCGGCGCUGGCCUUCUCGAAUAAUGGCAAGUAUCUUGCCAUUGGUGUGUGUCGCGGGUUCGAGACCGAUAUGGAGGACUUCAAUAGCGAGGGGAGGACGAAGGUGUUUAUCAGGGAGUUGGGUGAGACCGAGGCCAAGGGCAAGGGCCCCAAGUGAGACUCGGAUCUCAGUUGUCUUUUUUGCUUGUAAUCUGUCGUCUCUCUUCCCGUCUUACUGUCUUGUGUAACAUCUUUCCGGCUAUAAUCUGGGUGUAAUCGGCGUUUUAUAUGAUAUGGGACAAAGGGCGGGCUGGGAUUAUUGUGUGGCAUUGCUAUUUGCGGAAACGUCGUCGGAAAGAAAAGGUAAACCAACAUUGCGAGUUCUGGUAAUUGAUUGUCCUGGUCCACGUCAGGACAACUAAGAACAAGAUAGACAAAAAUAUAUAUGAUUAUUUUAACAUGA